AUGCCGCCAUCCUCCAUCCCCAGCAGCGCACAGGCGGCGCCUCUCUCCACCUCCGCCUCCCGCGAACACCCCCCGUCACAGGAGAAGGCCUCUGUCGGAAGCAGAGAACCCCUUCCGAACCCACCCCAACCCUCCUCACAUGGCCAUCAGAAGCUGGUCUUCACCGAUCCAGUCGCCCUCCGCUACCUCGAAGAAGACCCGUCGACGCUCGUCCUCCACCGUCGCCUCGCCCUACAUGGCUACGACAUCUACAUUGUGGAACAAUGGGCUUGCUCCCGUAUCCACCCCACUUUCAUCAUCACCACUUACACCGGCGACCCGUCGCACAAGGUCAUGGCGGGCGUCCUCAGCGUUCCGACGGAUGAGUCCACGUGGUCGCCGCGACUGAAGCUAUACUUCAGCGCCGUCACCCAGUGCCAGGCCCGCAAGCAUGACACCCCUCUCGGCACGCUGAUGGUCACCGACCUCAAUCAGUUCCCAUCCGCGCUGACAGUCAUCCCCGUCCCGGACGGUGACAUCCACAAACACAAGGAUGACUUCGUGGUGAACGAAAACCUCAAGCGGCUGAACUGCGCCGGUCGCGCCGGGCUCAAACUCCAACCGCCCACCGCCGCCACUGAGGCCAAAUUUCACCAGCUCUACCGCACCAGUGAGCGCGUUCCCCUCUACAGUGCCGUGCCCGAGCUCGUCAAGCAGUGCCAGAUCGCCCUAAUGAUGUUCGGUGUCCUCGCCCCGGAAUACGUCGACGGACUCCUCUGCGACGUCACCGAGGCCGCCAUCGGCGAUUGGUGGACAGACAUCGGCAUGGAUCUGUACAACAUCGAGCCGAGCGACGGCAUUCUGGGCCCAACAACGGUGGCCGCCCUCCUGGGCACGCUGAUGGGCGCCCGCAAUCGCCUGCACGCCUUUGGAGCCCCCGUCGCCAAGGACCCCUUCGACAUCGCCUCUCUCAAACGCGGCAUCGCCAGCUUCCAGAAGAGCCAGAAGCUCCCCCGCACCCGCCGUCUCGAUCGCGCCACCCUCGACCGUCUGCACCGCGUCACCGCCAAAGCCGCCACUGCUGACGGCUGGACCGACGCCGUCAAGUCCACCGUGGCCGAGCUGAGCGGCCACGGCGGUGAGAUGGUCAUGGGCAUGGUGCGCGGCCGUGAAAAGGCCGGGAUCGCUGACGUCGAGACUUUGGAUAUCGAUAUCUUGGCUUCUUUGGUUGCCGGUGAGCGCGCUAAAUGGCUUUGGCGGGGAAAGCCGCGCAAGAGUGUCGCAGCGACGGCUACCCCCAGUGCUGCGGAUGGCUACGCCGGUGGUCCUCCCACCGCGGAUAUGAUGUUCACCACGGACGACCAGGGCGGGUAUGUCUGGACCAGUCGCAAGCGUCGUUCGACAGAGGAUUUCGCCGCAGCGGAGCCGCGCCCAUCGCAUGGCGGACAGCCGGAGACGACGCCUACCGGUGGCGACGACAAAGAUCAGAACCUGGGCAGGAUGGUGCGCCGCGGCGUCAGCGGCAAGGUCUCGGACGCGCGGAUUGGGUUCGGGCGAUUCAAGGAUGCGGUGGGGAUCCCGGGACUCCGAUCGCAUCUCCAGCGACAAAAAGAUGGACCGGAAAUGGUCGACGCGGCGUACAUGCCUCCCAUCGACAGUGACAGCGAGAUGCCGAAGAAUGACGGGAACCAGACGGAGUCGGAGAGCGUGCACGAGGAGAGCCCGCUUACUGCUGAUGCUGGUCCUACCGAAGACACGCAGGCCGACUCGUCCUCCGACCCCAAAUCAAAUCCACCACCCGCCAUUACGGUUGAGCCAGCGGCAGAAUCCACAGACGAACCCGCUGAGUCAUCGCAUAAACCGUCCCUUCCGCGGUCCGACGAGGAGUCCCAGGACCUGGAGCGCUUCAAGACGCACUCGAGCGAUACGUCGGCGGCCGACCGCGAACAGGCCUCGGUGCUGGGCAUGAUGUCUUUGCGGCGGCCGCAGAGCUGCGUGGAGCUGGCUCCGGGCGACCCGAUGGAGCAAAUGAACAGCUAUUGGCCCCGCCAUCUCUCCUUCAGCACGGUCGAAGAGGUAGUCCUGGGAUGGGAGGAUCUCCGGGACACGGGCGAGGAAGACGACAGAGCACCGCUUGAGGACGCCGGGGCGCUGGGUGAUGCCAUCAUCCGGGAGGAUUUACUGGCGACAGACGCGCGGAUCUUCAGCGCGCAGAUCCAAGAGCUGAGCGAGCGGACAGUGCCGUGGGUGGAGCGACAGGUGGAUUCGGUGGACGACUUAAACCGUGUUCUCUACGAAUCCCACGAGAAAGUGAAUUCCGCGUAUCUAGAGCGGCUGAACCAGUAUCAGGAAAUCCGCGACCAGUCGAGCGACCUGUUGACGGAGGAGCAUUCCUCGCUGACGGACCACAUGCGACGGGUGGAGCUGAUUGGCGCAAAACUGGACUACGAGCUGCAUGUGCUGGGGUCGAAGGUCGAAGACGUCGAGACAGGUCUGGGCGAAUUCGAACGACAUGUCGACGACAUCGAAGCGCGGAUCAAGACGCUGAUCCGCGGCGAUGAGGCGAAGCAGAAUGACUCCUGGCUGGGCUGGUUGGGGCGCUGGGCGGGAUUCUCUACGCCGUAA